AUGUUCUUCGGCAGCAAGAGCACAUUUUUCGACACGCGCCCAAGGCCCAAGGGCCCGGCGCCGUGGAGCAAGCGCUACGUGAAGGAUAAGAGCGAGACGCUCACAACAACCGUGCCUAGCCGUUUAGCUCCUGAUACCACCUUGACAUCUCCAAUCCAGAGCAAUGAUGGCGUUCAGCCUCAAACCAACACUUCCCCAUCUUCCCCAUCUGAAGAGCCAACGCUUGCCCAUAAUGGGAUCCAACUAAACCCGUCACAUAAGCGCCGGAGAAGUAGAAGUCCACAGCCCAUACACCACAACGAAGAAGAAUAUCGAAAGCGACAGGCCGCGACGGAUCGAAGUCGUCAGCGCAUUGCAAAGAUGCAGAAAGUACAUCACCAAGAGCAAAAGGACGACUAUGACCGCAUGCGCGCUCGCGCUCACAAGAUGGAGGAAGAGCGGAGGCGGAACGCAACGCCGUCGCUUUAUGCGAGUAUCAUGUCGGGAGAGUACAAACUGUACAAGCCGGAUCCAGACCGUUUUGCGAAGUCGCCGCCAGCUCCUCUAUUUACUCCGGCGGGUCAAUCUACUGAAUCAAACACCAGUGGUGUACAACAUCCGAGUGCUUUGACGUCCUCCAAGCCGGACGCUGAUAGUCUUUGCGCCGACGACAAGCUCAGUUCGGCCUACUCUGGUAAUAAAGAAUGCCAGGAAACUCCUCAGAACAAAGUUAAGUCGACACCCAUCAGCCCAACGGACAGUGGCUACGAGACUCGGUCGUCGCAAUCACCCGAGUCGGUUACUCUUACAAGCUCACCUGUCAUGAAUUCAGUGAAGGGUAAGGAAAAGAUCGCAAUAUCUCCCCUCGGUACGCAAAUGAGUCCCGAUGGCCAACAGCCGGAGCAAAAUAUGAAAAAGAAGGGUGGCUAUGUGCCUACGGGGAAGGGUAAGGGCAAAGCCCCGGACUUGAGCUCCAGAGUCUUCUCUAAGGUCGACCAAACGGGCACCUGGGUUCCCCUUACGAUUGCGGGCCCCAGCAGUCCCAUCCGCCGGGUUCGCCAGCCGGUCGUCGAAGAGGAGUGGGAUGGGACCCGAGGCGGUUUCAAGCCUGAGAUUGAUAUGAGAAUUGGCGGUCCGGCUCACACGUCCAAAGGUGGAGCAGCGCAGGUCGACGAGAAAACGGCGUUGGGUGAGAAGGACACGAGUCCCGAAGCCCCGGUACAACAUACCAACAGCACGCGAGAAUUGCGACCUACUCCCGAUAGGUUGGGGCAAGAGACGAGUGCGGAGCGAGAUCUAGUCGACACCAAUGACGAGACACCAUCGUCGGAAGACCCAGUAGUGGCCGACACGAAAGCAGCCCCCAUCGUACACUCGGAUGAUCAGACGUGGUCGAAAGAAGUCAAGGUGAAUACUCAUCUGGCCGCCGCCAAUGCUAACCCAGAGAAGAAAGACAAGACGGUGAAUCGCAAAUCAAGCGUAGACACCGCCCCUGCCUCUGAGCAUCAGCAUGAGAUAAGCAAGGUCAUCACGUCUUUCGCCGAGGCCGUCAAGCUGCUCGAAACGGAAGGUUUGAAAGCUUCCUCAAAGCUUCGCUCUGCUUUGAAACAUCUCGUUCAGACCCAGAACACACCAAAUCUAGAGCGGCAAUCCAAUCUCAUCGCACAGGUUCGCAAUUGGCUCGAACAGAACGUCGCUAGUGUGAACCUAUGCAUUCCCCAACCCGACAAAGACGUCGAUGAAGAGGGCAAAUUGAAGCCAGAAUUCUUCCGGAGAUCCCCAUGGAUGAACUGGACAAGCAGAACGCAUCUUCUUGUUGCCCUCAUAUACCUUGAGGUCCUACUGGAGCCUUUUGCACACAUUAUCCUUGCCGAAGAUGCGAAGAUUGUCGAACGAGCAGUCGCUGUGUUGCAAUCAGAGCGAAAGUUUUUGCAGGGCCAGCAAAUGUCGAGUGGCUUCAAAGUAGCCCCAGGUAUGGCUAAAGUCGACUUCGACUCGCUCCGUCGAGACAUCAAGAUCAUAGAGCGGUCCAACGUGUUCCGUAACGAGCUCAUUGACUCCACUGGACUUGAUCCUCGAAUGAUCUCGCAACUGCUCUUGGUUACUGAGUACAUGGAAGAUGACAUCGAUCAAACCCAGACGAUAUUCCAGACCGUGUUAAAUCGUAUACGUGGAAUCCUUGUAUGCAACGCAGCAUCGGACAACACCCGCAUUGGCUUUGAAUCGCCCGCCGAGGAUGUUUCAGAAUCAGAUUCUGAAGAUGAAGAUGAAGUUGAAAUAUUCAUCAGUCCACAAGCAAAUGGUAUACUGGAUGGGAAUUCAGCCUUAGGUUUAGGAUCCUCAUCCAUACCAACGACGCAGUCUAGAGGAUCAUCUGUAUCAGCCGUGUCUUCGAUCCCUUCCCGCCCAUGUCUUCGCGUCAACAAACCAGGCGGGUGCCCAGACGAAGAUAGCGGCAAAUGUCGCUUCAACCACCUCAACAAAGGCAUAGUCUGCCUCUCAAUAGCGAAAGGUAUUCCCUGCGGUUUCGGCGACAGCUGCGCGUACCUCCACAGGACGCCUUCACCCGCCGAGGAUCCUAAGCGCAAGGACCUGAAACCCAUUCUCGAUAUGGUCUUGAAGAAUCCGACCGUUUAUAGGGCGUGCUUGUUCGUCAACACACCGCGAGGCUGCUUCCAUGGCGCAGAAAACUGCCAGUACAACCAUACCUUGGAAGGAGUGUCGUGUCCAGAUGAUGACGGUAAGGGCUCCUGUCAUCGGAAGGCACAAUGUCCCAUGCUCCACAAGACUGUUUGCGUGGUAUUCCUGGCUCGUGGCGUGUGCGACUGUUCGUCCGACGACGAGUACACCCACCCACCGGAGAAGUGGCAAUCACCACCUCCUCCUCCCGUACAGAUUGACCAGCAGCAGACACCUGGUCGGCGAGCGAAUUUAGGCGCGGGUGCGGGCUCAAAGCGCCUACACUCGGACGCCUUGCAGGGCGAACAAGAACCUCCCGUCGGCUUGAACAGGAAGCGCCAACGUCAAGCCACGCCGGCCGCCGCUGCUCCCACAGGGCCACGAGGUACGCUGCCCAAACGAGCAAGGCCGAACGGGGCAAAAGUUCAGCAAGAGCUCCGCAAGAAGCUACUAGCACAGAGCUCAAAGAAGACCGCCCAGCCCCGAAGCAGCGCCGGUACCCUCCAAGCCUCAAGUACCACUGCGCAGGGAGACAAGUUCAGCGUCGUAGGAGCCGCAGCGCGCACGCAGAGUGCACCCGUCGCCACCCUCCAACAGCAGCAACAGCCUCAUCGAGCUGCGCAAGGACAACCAGGCGCUCCACCGCGCGGCAAAAGCCACCAGAAGCGCAAGUUUGAGAGCGUUGGCGGUGUUGAGCGCGUUGGCGGUGGCGUUGACGGGGGAGUUGGCAGUGACGCUGGCAGUACGCGUACGAACGACGACGACUCAAACCCAUUUGGCGCAAAGCGCAUGAAGCGCACCGAAGCUGCUGCUGAGAUGGCGCACGUUGACAACAACGGAAAGGCGUCUGGCGGUGUGAAGAAGAACGCAGGAGGUGAUAACGGCGGACGACGAGAUGGCCGUUCGGGACGUGGACGCGGAAGGAAGAAUUGA